GACUCAAACACGAUAUCAACAGAUGCAGCUGCUUUGGCGGCACUUUUGGGGAAAUCUUAGACUUUGUUCAACAAGAAAAGGCCUGUAGCUUCUGCUCCAUACUCCUGUAAACGUCACCGCCACUCUUACUGGAAAGGAGCCUCACCUUACCUACCAGGUGAGAGGAUGGAACCAGUCCACACCUUGCCUGAGGCACACGCUUUCCGGCUCUCGUCCGACGGGCUUGACGAUAUAAUUGCCCUGGAGAUCACGGAAGUGUCCUCCGACCUGGUGGUGCUGCAGCUGAAGGAGGAAACUCUAGAAGGGUGUGCCGGGGCAGUGUGCAAACAGGAGGAAGAUGGCGGAGACCAAGUUCCUGUGUUCAGCUGGGAUGCUCUGCAGAGGGAGGACUGCGGAACCCAGUGGAGUGGCCCUGGGGCCACCCCGACACAGGGCCUCACCGAGGGACAGAUUGGAGAGUACUGCGGCAUGAUCGUCAACAGCGUGACGGAGGAGAUGUGCACGACGUACACCAUUCCAGAGGCCUGCUUUGGAAAUCUGGAGCUUCAGUUCUACCCGUGUGACAUCUGUGAAGCCUCGUUCACAGAUGAGCAAGAGCUGAAAACGCACGUGAGUGACUCCCAUCUCACAAGUGGUGCCAAGAGGAAUGAACGAAGAGCAAAGGCUCCAAGCUUCAUACACAAGGAGAUCACUGCACGAGAACAGAGGACCUUUAGUAUGGGCUUCUCACAACCUAAAAUGCCCAUGAGAAAGACUCACUCCCCCCCUCUGCAAUGUGCGGUUUGUGGGAGGAUUUUCAAGAAGCAAAAAUCUCUUCAAAGACACCAGUGGUAUCACACGUGGAGGCAGGGUCCCAGUAAUAGUGCGACGGUUGAGAAGCAACAGCCUGUGCCAGCGGGGACUCCAAAUUAUUGUGCGAAGUGUGGCAGGACAUUCAAGGAGCGUAAAAUGCUAGACAGACACCGACAGAUUUACCACCACAACCAGUCGGCGGUCCUUCACAGAGGCUUCAGACAUUCUGACCUGCUAAGGUGCUGUGAGUGUGAUCGAUACUUUGGCACCAAAGAGACCUUCCAUAGACACCAGUGCUUUCACCUCCGCAAGCAGCUGAGAGCUUUUCAUGCAUCUGGGAGGAAGAGCAAGGGAGUACAUUUCUUCCAUUGUCAGCUCUGUGCACUGCCAUUCACUAAGGGGCUGGAGUUUGAGCGCCACAUCAAAGUUACCCACCCCGAACAGUACAGGAAGGCUGCCAAAAACACAAAUUCAACUGGAAGAGCCUGGAGGAAGACAUCUGGGGCUUUAAAGGACCAUGGCGAAACUGUAAGCCAGGAAGAUUUCGAGGGUAGGUUCCCCCCACGGACCGUUGUCCCAGAAGAAAGCACAGCCAUCGCAGGACAGCGAGAUUCUGAGACUGUGCAGUCGUCACAUCCCUGCUCUGAAUGUGGGAAAUCCUUCAGGAUGCCGGCGCUGCUCAGCAGGCACCAGAAAAUGUAUCACAACAAAGCUCAAGACUCAAGGCUGCGCCAGGGUAACCAAAGUUACGUCUGUCACAAGUGUACAAAGUGCGAGAAGACUUUCCGGACAAGACGGAUGCUGCAGAAGCACGCGCGGAUGCAUCGCAAGAAAAAAGCCUUGAAGUGCCGUGAGUGCAAACGAUGCUUCGUCGUACCGGAGACCUUCCAUAGACACCAGUGCUUUCACCUCAGGAAGCAGCUGAGGGCGUUCAAUGCAUCAGGGCAAACCAGCCAGGGAGCACAUUUAUACCAUUGUCAGCUCUGUGCACUGCAAUUCACUGAGGGACUGGAGUUUGAGCGCCACGUCAAAGUUACCCACCCUGAACAGUACAAGAAGGCUGCGAAAAACAAGUGUUCAGCUGGAAAGACCACAAAAGCACAAGAAUCUGGAGUUCAAAGUAAUGGAAAGACCUUUAGCAAAGCACCCAGUGUUUCAGAAGUACGUGUCAAAGUGGAACCCAAAAUUGAAGACCAGUGUGCAGAGAUUGGUGACCCUAGUGGCUCAUGCAGUAUACCAGCCAAUACAGAGGAGCAAGUAUCCGGAACAUCAGGCCCUCUACAUCAAUGCCAUAAGUGUGGCAGAAUAUUCGAGGUGCAGAAGAAGCUAGACAAACACCAGCGGAUUUACCACCGAGACCAGUCAACGGUCCUUCACAGAAGCCGCCGUCACCCUGCCAUGAGUGUGCUGAGGUGCUGUGAAUGCGAUCGACACUUUAGCACCACAGAGUCCUUUUCUCAACACAAGUGCUUUCACCUCCGAAAGCAGCUGAGAGCUUUCAUUGCAUCUGGGAGGAAGAGCAAGGGAGUGCAUUUCUUCCAUUGUCAACUCUGCACACUGCAGUUCACCGAAGGACUGAAAUUUGAGCUUCAUGUCAAAGUUACGCAUCCUGAACAGUACAGGAAGGCUGCUAAAAACAACUGUUCAGCCGAAAAACCCACGGAAACACAAGAAUCUGGAGUUGGAAAUAAUGGAAAGACCUUUGACAAACCAUCCAGGUUUGCAAAAGCACAUGUCAAAAUGACCAGUGUGGAACCCCAAGUUGAAGACCAGUGUGCAGAGAUUGGUGACACUAGUGGCUCAUGCAGUUUACCAGCCAAUACAGAGGAGCAAGUAUCCGGAACAUCAGGCCCUCCACAUCAAUGCCAUAAGUGUGGCAGAAUAUUCGAGGUGCGGAAGAAGCUAGACAAACACCAGCGGAUUUACCACCGAGACCAGUCACCGGUCCUUCAUAGAAGCCGCCGUCACCCUGCCAUGAGCAUUUUGAGGUGCUGCGAAUGUGAUCGAAACUAUACCACCACAGAAGCCUUCUCUCAACACAGGUGCUUUCACCUCCGCAAGCAGCUGAGAGCUUUCAUUGCAUCUGGGAGGAGGAGUACAGGAGUCAAUUUCUUUCAUUGUCAGCUCUGCACACUGCAGUUCACCGAAGGACUGAAAUUUGAGCUUCAUGUCAAAGUUACGCACCCUGAACAGUACAAGAAGGCUGCUAAAAACAACUGUUCAGCCGAAAAACCCACGGAAACACAAGAAUCUGGAGUUGGAAAUAAUGGAAAGACCUUUGGCAAACCAUCCAGGUUUGCAAAAGCACAAGUCAAAAUGACCGCAGUGGAACCCAAAGUUGAAGACCAGUGUGCAGAGAUUGGUGACACUAGUGGCUCAUGCAGUUUACCAGCCAAUACAGAGGAGCAAGUAUCCGGAACAUCAGGCCCUCCACAUCAAUGCCAUGAGUGUGGCAGAAUAUUCGAGGUGCAGAAGAAGCUGGACAAACACCAGCGGAUUUACCACCGAGACCAGUCAACGGUCCUUCACAGAAGCCGCCGUCACCCUGCCAUGAGUGUGCUGAGGUGCUGUGAAUGCGAUCGACACUUUAGCACCACAGAGUCCUUCUCUCAACAUCAGUGCUUUCACCUCCGCAAGCAGCUGAGAGAUUUCAUUGCAUCUGGGAGGAAGAGCACGGGAGUCAAUUUCUUCCGUUGUCAGCUCUGCACACUGCAGUUCACCGAAGGACUGAAAUUUGAGCUUCAUGUCAAAGUUACGCACCCUGAACAGUACAAGAAGGCUGCUAAAAAUGUAUGUUCAUCUGAAAAACCAACAAAAAUAGAACAAUCUGGAGUUGGAAAUAAUGGAAAGACCUUUGGCAAACCAUCCAGGUUUGCAAAAGCACAAGUCAAAAUGACCAGAGUGGAACCCCAAGUUGAAGACCCGUGUGCAGAGAUUGGUGACACUAGUGGCUCAUGCAGUUUACCAGCCAAAACAGAGGAGCAAGUAUCCGGAACAUCAGGCCCUCUACAUCAAUGCCAUAAGUGUGGCAGAAUAUUCGAAGUGCAGAAGAAGCUGGACAAACACCAGCGGAUUUACCACAGAGACCAGUCAACGGUCCUUCACAGAAGCCGCCAUCACCCUGCUAUGAGUGUGCUGAGGUGCUGUGAAUGUGACCGAAACUAUACCACCACAGAGUCCUUCUCUCAACACAAGUGCUUUCACCUCCGAAAGCAGCUGAGAGCUUUCAUUGCAUCUGGGAGGAGGAGUACAGGAGUCAAUUUCUUUCAUUGUCAGCUCUGCACACUGCAGUUCACCGAUGGACUGAAAUUUGAGCUUCAUGUCAAAGUUACCCACCCUGAACAGUACAAGAAGGCUGCUAAAAACAACUGCUCAGCUGAAAAACCCACGGAAACACAAGAGUUUAGAGUUGGAAGUAAUGGAAAGACCUUUGGCAAACCAUCCAGUGUUGCAAAAGCACAUGUCAAAAUGACCAGUGUGGAACCCCAAGUUGAAGACCAAUGUGCAGAGAUUGGUGACCCUAGUGCCUCAUGCAGUGUAGCGGCCAUCAAAGAGGAGCAAGUAUCUGGAACAUCAGGCCCUCUACAUCAAUGCCAUAAGUGUGGCAGAAUAUUCGAGGUGCAGAAGAAGCUGGACAAACACCAGCGGAUUUACCACCGAGACCAGUCAACGGUCCUUCACCGAAGCCGCCGUCACCCUGCCAUGAGCAUUUUGAGGUGCUGCGAAUGUGAUCGAAACUAUACCACCACAGAAGCCUUCUCUCAACACAAGUGCUUUCACCUCCGCAAGCAGCUGAGAGCUUUCAUUGCAUCUGGGAGGAGGAGUACAGGAGUCAAUUUCUUUCAUUGUCAGCUCUGCACACUGCAGUUCACCGAAGGACUGAAAUUUGAGCUUCAUGUCAAAGUUACCCACCCUGAACAGUACAAGAAGGCUGCUAAAAACAACUGCUCAGCUGAAAAACCCACGGAAACACAAGAGUUUAUAGUUGGAAGUAAUGGAAAGACCUUUGGCAAACCAUCCAGUGUUGCAAAAGCACAAGUCAAAAUGACCAGAGAGGAACCCAAAGUUGAAGACCAAUGUGCACAGAUUGGUGACACUAGUGCCUCAUGCAGUGUAGCGGCCAUCAAAGAGGAGCAAGUAUCUGGAACAUCAGGCCCUCUACAUCAAUGCCAUGAGUGUGGCAGAAUAUUUGAGGUGCAGAAGAAGCUAGACAAACACCAGCGGAUUUACCACCGAGACCAGUCAACGGUCCUUCACAGAAGCCACAGUGACCCUGCCAUGAGUGUGCUGAGGUGCUGUGAAUGUGAUCGAAACUUUAGCACCACAGAAGCCUUCUCUCAACACAAGUGCUUUCACCUCCGCAAGCAGCUGAGAGCUUUCAUUGCAUCUGGGAGGAAGAGCAAGGGAGUACAUUUCUACCAUUGUCAGCUCUGUGCACUGCCAUUCACUGAGGGGCUGGAGUUUGAGCACCACAUCAAAGGUACGCACCCUGAACAGUACAAGAAGGCUGCGAAAAGCCAAUGUUCAGCUGCGAAACCCACAAAGAAGUGAGAAUCUGGAGAUGUUAUGGAAAGACCUUCUGCACACCCUCUCGUGUUUUUUAAAGCACAGGUUAAAUUUACCACAGUGAAAUCCAGAGCUGGAGCCAAGUGUGUGCAGACUGGCGACACUAAUAGCUCAUGCAGUGGAGCAGUCAACACAGAGAUGCGAUGAUCUGGAGCAUUAGAUCCUCCACAUUAAUGGCCGACAUGUGGCGGGAUAUGUAAGUUGCGCAAGCUGUUAGACAGACUUCUGGGGAUUUACCACUGAGACCAGUCCUGAGUCCAAGACUGAGUCCUUCACCAGGGCCAUGGUCACCCUGUUGAGAGACUACCAAGGUGCUGUGAGUGUGACCAUUAUUUUAGAAGCAGAGUCCUACGGACAUCAGUGCUUGCAUUACAUUACAUUAUAGGCCCUUAACCAGAGAGACGAACAACAAAGUGCAUACCCAUAACCAGGGACAAGUGCGUUGGAAGACCCCAAAGGCAAGUACAGUUUCAAGUGCUAAGAGUGAAAAGGACUUGGGUCUUGUAGAUUACUCUGACAAUGGCGCGUAUCUAUAAAACCUAUUCUAUUAAAAUAUCUAUUUUUAUACAACACAACGUGAAAUAAUUAUAUACACUUUGCAUUCUGCAAGCAGCUGAGAGCAUUCAGUGCAUCAGGGAGGAGGAAUGAGGGAGUGAAUUUCUUCCAUUGUCAGCCCUGCGUACUGCACAAAGCUCAAACUGCACAGGCAGCGAUGAUCAGCUCGGGUUGAGCAUGGAGAGACAAGGACAGCUAUGCACAGAAUAGAUGGGUAGGUGUUGUGCAGAAACAUCAGCAUGCAGUCGUGCAGGGUCAGAUUUAGUCAUGUCCAGUGGUGGAAAAUGGAACAUGACAGAAAUUACUUUCCAGUGACUGUGGGAAAGGCUUCAAGAGGUUUCACAAUCUGAGGACACACCAGGGGCCUAUUUGAAUGGCUUAUUUUGUCAUUCCCCGUCUCCUUUUUCCUGGCCUGACCUGGAAAUUGAUAGGGGUCCGCCAUCUUGAAGGAAAUAAUCCAUUAAAUGUUCCUUCAAGGAGCUAGGAACCAGGAGCAGAAGCCUGUAGCCUAGCCGCCAUCAGACCCCUUCGACCCCAGAAUGCAGCAGCUUGUCUGGUCUUCAACCUUCCAAAACCCCCUGCUUACUUCCCUCCGCUGGCUGCCUGUCAUGGCUCGCAUCAAAUUCAAAACAUUGGUGCUAGCCUUCCAAGCAGUUAAGGGGUCAGCCCCAGCUUACCUCCAAAAGAUCAUCAGACCCUACACCCCUGCCAGACCUCUUUGUUCGGCCACCACAGGUCGCCUCGUGCCUCCCCCUCUCCGAACUUCCAUUUCCGGCUCACGACUACUGUUAAUGUAAUGUAAUGGAUAUGGCACGGAGUUUAGCCGCCGAGAGCCACCUCGUGCUCAUGCACACUUCAAAGACACACUACUACAACACAAGGACACGCACUGGGACUCUCAGACCACCCGCUUGCAGAAAGUGUGGCAGGAGCCAGAGCACUUUGGGAGAAGCACCUUGGAUGUGCCCCGUAAAGUACUGUAUUUUGUUGGGACGUUUUGCAUUCAAAAUAAAAGUUUAUUGAGCAUGAAGAGGUGCCGCUUCCUUGGCAACACGUGGAUCAGAUUAAUGUCUGGAAAAAAAUAACUGCCAUCCCGUAAUAAACACGAGUAUACAAGUAUACUAUAUUCAUAUGAUAAUUUGUGGUACUUUAAAUAAAGACUUGGAUUGAUUUAGGAA